GACAUUUAUAAUUGAACGGAAUCAAAGCGUUGGUAAAUAAUCGCUUUCCACUUUCAAACCUCGCUUUUUAUCAAGCGAUCUGCAGUUGUAUGUUAUCUCCAAGUAUGCCACAUAAUGUUCUCCGUAGAUGACAUAGUUUGGGCAAAAUCUUCCUUAGCCAGAGAGAUUUUUUGGCCUGCGAAGGUCAUUGAACCGGACCAUGAUUUGGAUAACCAAAGCAGAAAACCCACUAUUGCAUAUGUUAACUAUUUUGCAGAGAAUACUGUAGAUGCAAUCAAAAAUGCAUCAAAUGUCAAAGCUUUUGAAUGCGAACGUAAAGAGGCAUUUAUGAAGAAAGGUCGACGUUUAAAGAUGCAAGGCAAACGACUUCUUUUUGAGUCUGCAAUUCGAGAAGCAGAGACAUUAAUAAAAUUGCAUGAUAAAUCUAAGUUCAAAGUUGGCCGACGAAAAAGAAAAAGAAACACUUUACCAACUAUCGCUGAAGAACUAAACACAAGUCUUGAUAACAAAGAUUCUUCAAGCAUUAAACAAAACGAAACAGCACAAAACGAAAGCUGCAACUUUGCCAGAAAGACCAGGUCUCCAUUUAAAAAAAUAAAACCCAAGACGAAUCCUUGCGAAAAAGAAUUGCUUGUUAAAAGUGAAGAGCAUUUCGGGGAAAUUCGCUCAAAACGCAGACGAAAUAGGUCUGAUAAACCUAGUUUAAAUGAAUUUGAGGAUACAGUCGAAUCAGAAAACCUUGACAGGCCUCGCAGAAGAAAAAAUAGCGCGUCGAAGGUAAAUGAACAAGAAAUGGCUGGAAAUUCCUCACAAGAAACAAAAUUGAAUGUCAAAAGAAAGAGGAGAACGUAUCAAAGAACUGUAUCUACUGAAAAUACUGUUUGUAAAGCGUCUUACAGACGAAGAACGCGUUCGAAAAGCAAAGCAGGAUCUCUAAGGCGGUCAAGUCCACGUAAACUUUCUGGAAGUAAAUCUGAUUCUGAUUGUUUUGUCGGUGAAAACGAUAUUGGAAAUGUACGCAAUGAUAAAUUAGAUACUAUCGUUGAAGAAUGCGUUGAUAAUUUGGAUGAUACGAUUUCGAAAAUAGCUAGGAACAGUGAAGGAACUGGGGAGUCUUUUGAAAAUGAAGAUACAGAACUCGAAAAGGAGAUAAAACGACCUCGAACGACAAUACUCAAAGAAGAAAAGCAAAACCUGAACACAGAUAUCUGCGAAGGAGAUUCUACGGAGCCGAUAUCCGGUGGUUUGAAGACACUAAAUUCUUCUUCCAAUGUUCUUGACAUUCAAAAUAGAUUACUUUACCAUAAAGACAAUGACGAAGAUAUCGAAGCUACUCAAAGUAGUACUCACACAGAGACAUCUUUACAGCCUGUAGACAACUCUUUAAACGGUUUAAACGAUUCCGCUUGUUGCGAUAGCUCCAGUGCUUUGUUGGCGACGCAAAGCGUGAGUGACAGUCUUGUAGCAAGCGAAACAGCGGACGAGUUUUCUGGAUGCAAUAACAACGAAAAAGGUUUGGAAAACUUAGGCCCGAAAGAUGAGAGUGAAAAUGGCAACAACAGCGAUAAUGAAGACAACGCAAGCAAUGACUGUAGUUCUGAUGACGAUUCUUUACCAGAAGCUUUCUCACCAGCUCCAGCUACGAAGAACUUUAAACGUGGUGAUGUUGUCUGGGCAAAACACAUGAAGUUUCCCCCAUGGCCAGCGCAGGUUGGCAAGUCACCGUGCACAAAACAGAAAACACAUUACAACAUUAUUUUCCUGCCGAAAUCCGGUGAAAAAGGCAUCAAGAUACUUAAAAAGAAUGUACAAUCAUUUUCACAAGAUCAAGAGACGUUUUUGCGUUUAAAAAACCAAGAAAUACAAUCGCACUUGAUCGAGGAUUUCAACCGAGCAGUUGAACAAGCAGAGGAAAUCCUGUUGAGACGCGUUUUUCAGAAAGACGACAUUCCGAUGGAUGAUAUGUUAGAAGACGAAGCGUCUGACUCCAGCGACGACGACGACGAUGGCGUCAGCAAACUGGAACAAGAAAAAUCGGUUGAUCCGGUAUGUAAACCGGUCAGUGAAUCCGAGCAACCGGUUGAGAAAAGCGAAGAAGAUGAAAGCGGUUUUGAUAGCUCAGAAAUGGAUGCUCAAAGCGAAGAAAAUGCCUGUCAUGAGAGGAAGAGAGAGCACGUCAGUCGAUAUGGAAAUGUAUUGAAUGAGCUUCAUCUUUGUAAGCAAAGACUGUUGGCUGUUUAUCGUGAGGAAGUGCCCUCGUUUCGCCACAAAACUUUCAAAUACGGAAGAGUGAGCGAAAGAGACGCUUUGAAACACAAAGGAGGCUUUGGUCCAAUACAGGACGAGCAGACGGGGGAGGAAAUCGUGCGAGUACUGAAAAUGUGGUUAGAUGCAGAAGCGAAACAAUCUUACGUAACGUUAGACUAUGUCUUUGAAGUCUGGUUGCCAGAGGCGAUGAUAUAUUAUAUUCAGCAUAUUGACAAUAUAUCAGCUGAACAGGCGGAAGAAAUAUACCUGGACCACGCGAGGAACGUGGACAAGAGGGAUGUAAAGGAAGCUAGCAAUUUGUUCAAAAUGAAGAAAAUAGAUCAGGAGACGAUGAUGAGAACUGUAGAGAGAGCGAAGCAAAAGUUACUCUAUGGUGGUCCAUAAUGUAUUUUAAGAUAGUCGUUUUUUACAGAUAGUUACAUAACGUUCGUGGAUAGGAGAGUUCUUAACUCGGCCGGCUCAACAUUAAUAGAUGUGGGAAAGAUAACUAAAUCCUAGUCUAAACCCAAGAGGCCGGGUGUACGAAAGUUGUAUAAAUAUGACUUCAAGAAUAGGAACGAGUUCAGAUCAAAUUGUGCCAAAACACGGGCAAUUUUAGAGCGAUUGAAAAACCCGCUAUCCGUGAAUAGCCCAAUUCAGCUUUCGUGCAACCGGUCAGAGAUUAUUCGAUUAAAUAUUGGAGUUGUAGUUCAGUUAAACAGAACAAAUUUAAGGCUUACGUUAAGCUGUUUGUGUUUUUCACUUCACUUGAAAUACUUGUGUAAAAAUAAAUGUAGUAACCUUAUUUCUAUAAACUGUAGUAUCCUGUAUUAUGUCAGCACCUCUCUGUAGCUCAGUGGCAAGAGUAUUGCACCAGCAUCACUGGCGUAGGUUCGAUUUCUGACCCUUAUGUUGUCAUGUUAAGCAACCUAUUUGUU